AUGCUCAGACGUGCUACUUUUCUUCGCCUUGCUCUCGGUGCAUUGGUACUGGUUCUGGAAGUAAUUCCUGCUACGGCAAAGCCUACUCCUGUUGCGAAGCGGGCAGACCCGACAGUCCAGCUCGACGAAGCGACCGUGACAGGCGUCGCGGGAAUUCUAACAAACUCGUGGCUCGGAAUACCAUUCGCUCAGCCUCCUGUGGGUUCACUGCGCUUCCAGCUCCCACAGCCCCUCCCGAGUUACAUCACGAGCUUCUCCGCGACAACAUACGGCCCGGCGUGCCCGCAGCAAGACAUCUCGAUUCCUCUUCCGUCUGUGUUACCGGCGGAGGCGGUCGCGGCGAUCAACAACGUUACUACCUUGAUAUACGACGUGGUCACGGCGAGCUCGGAGGACUGCUUGACCAUCAACGUCGUCGCUCCCGCUGAUGCAACGCCAGAAUCGAAAUUACCUGUCAUUGCGUGGAUAUUUGGAGGAAGCUUUGAGGGUGGCAGCUCUAGCAUAUACCCCGGAUCGGUGAUUGUGGACAAGUCGACUGAGCUCGGUGUUCCUGCUGUAUACGUCAGCAUGAACUAUCGCGUAUCGGCAUUCGGUUUCCUCGCCAGCCAGGAAGUGAAAGACGCAGGCGCCGGGAAUUUGGGUUUGCAUGAUCAGAGAUUGGCGCUGAAAUGGAUACAGAAGUACAUCAGCAGCUUCGGCGGCGACCCGAGAAAGGUGACCAUCUGGGGCCAUUCCGCCGGGGCCAUCUCCGUCGCCCUUCACAUGCUCACAAACGGCGGGGACACUGAGGGUCUGUUCCGUGCCGCAUUCAUGCAGUCUGGUUCGCCAAUCCCUGUUGGCGACAUCACGCAUGGACAGCCAUACUACGACUUCUUGGUUGACCAGACAGGAUGCACCGGCUCAAACAACACCCUUGAAUGUCUCAGGGACGUCGAAUACGAGGCUUUGAUUAACGCGAUAAAUGAAACUCCAAAUAUCUUGAGCUAUCAGGCAAUCGCUGAUCUUGGCCGGCUUGUUCUGCAAGGAUCCGUCGCAGACGUACCGUUUAUCACUGGUGACUGCUACGACGAAGGCACACUAUUCUCCCUCUCCACUUUGAACAUUACCACAGAUUCUGAUCUUUAUACUUGGCCCAAAACGUACUGGGUGCCCAACGGUACACAGUCUGAGAUCGAGGCAGGCAUGGCCUUGUACCCAUCCGACCCGGCGGACGGCUCGCCGUUCAAUACAUCCGACUUGUAUGCACUCACGCCCGAGUUCAAGCGCAUCGCCGCGGUGCAGGGUGACAUCGUCUUCCAAGCGCCGCGUCGCCUGUUUCUGGAGAGUCAGUCCGGAAAGCAGCCGACGUGGGCAUAUUUGAGCAGAAGGUACAAGUGGGUACCUGUACUUGGAUCUGACUAUCUCGUCCGGUUUGCGGCGAACCUCGACCCGAGCGGCGACACGGGCAUCGAAUGGCCGCGUUACACGACUGAGUCGCCCAAGUUGCUCACUUUUCUCGACGGGCUUGCCCCGCUGGAGAUCACCCAAGACACGUAUCGCGCUGCGGCGAUGAAGGGCAUUACGGAUCUAACGCUGGAGUAUCCUAUUUAA